AUGGCGGUGAUACGGACGAUGUGUUAUUGCCAGUGGACAUAAACAGGCAUUUUAACAGAAAUACAACCCCUAGCCGGAUACAUUCACCCACUUGACUGUGUUGUGUGGGUGUUUACCUUCCAACCAGUGCCGGAGUCUUUUUUUUAUUUCACGCGUUUCCACGGUUUUUUUUUACAACAUGUUCACGUUGUAGCUUGCUCGCUAACCGACCAGCUGGCUAACAGAGAGCAACAGCAGCUAGCUAGCUAACCACAGCCAAGCCGUGAAGUGGAGAAUGGGAGAAAAGCUGGAGCUAAAGCUCAAAUCGCCGGUUGGAGCAGAACCUGCUGGCUAUCCGUGGCCAUUACCAGUAUACGAUAAACACCACGAUGCUGCUCAUGAAAUCAUCGAGACCAUUCGGUGGGUGUGUGAGGAGAUCCCAGACCUCAAACUCGCCAUGGAAAACUACGUACUCAUUGACUACGACACGAAAUGCUUCGAGAGUAUGCAGAGACUUUGUGACAAGUACAACAGGGCCAUCGACAGCAUCCACCAGCUGUGGAAAGGGACAACCCAGCCCAUGAAGCUGAACAAGCGACCUUCCAACGGGCUGCUGAGACACAUCCUGCAGCAGGUGUACAACCACUCGGUGACCGACCCGGAGAAGCUGAACAACUACGAGCCCUUCUCCCCGGAGGUUUACGGAGAGACCUCUUUCGACCUGGUGGCUCAGAUCAUCGACGAGAUGGAAAUUAUGGAAGACGACACCUUUGUUGACCUCGGCAGUGGAGUGGGGCAGGUAGUGCUGCAAGUUGCAGCAGCAACCAACUGUAAACACUAUUACGGUGUAGAGAAAGCAGACAUUCCAGCUACCUAUGCAGAGAGCAUGGAUAAAGAGUUUAAGAAGUGGAUGAGAUGGUACGGAAAGAAACAUGGGGAGUACACACUGGAGAGAGGGGACUUUCUGUCUGAAGAAUGGAAGGAAAGAAUUGCCACCACAAGUAUUAUUUUUGUGAAUAACUUUGCCUUUGGUCCAGAGGUAGAUCACCAGCUGAAGGAGCGCUUUGCUAACAUGAAGGAAGGUGGAAAAAUUGUAUCUUCCAAACCUUUUGCGCCUUUAAAUUUUAGAAUAAACAGUCGAAACUUGAGCGAUAUUGGCACGAUAAUGCGCGUUGUGGAGCUCUCUCCAUUGAGGGGCUCCGUGUCCUGGACUGGGAAGCCAGUUUCCUACUACCUGCACACCAUAGACCGCACUAUACUUGAAAACUAUUUUGCUAGUCUGAAAAAUCCUAAACUCAGGGAAGAGCAGGAAGUCACUAGACGACGUCAGCAGAAGGACACGAAGGACAGUAAAAGCAAUAGCACCACGCCUACAAAAGCUAAAGAACAAAACAAGCAGGACUCCUGUGGUGAGGAGGAGCGUCCUAGCUUGGUGGCUGUGGUCAAGCCCCCUGCCAAACCCCGAAGAGCCAGACUCCUGCCCAAAGUUCGCAAGUUGAACAACAAGAAACGAGGUCGACCGAAGAAGGCCGCCCCGGCUGUGGAGAAGAAAAACAAGAAGAACCAGAGUGCGUUGGAUCUGCUGCACGCCAAGACCCUCUCUGCAGCACCCCCUCAGGAUGCUUACCGGCCACCUCAGAGUCCGUUCUACAAGCUACCUCCCAAGGUGCAGCACUAUCCCUCCUCUCAACUACUCCUGAGCCCCACUUCCCCCGGGCUGCAACAACUGCUAGAUAGCAUCAAAGUACAAUACCUCCAGUUUAUGACCCACAUGAAGACUCCUCAGUACCGCUCCAACCUGCAGCAGCUUUUAGAAGAGGAGAAGCAAAAACACAGGGACCUGUCCGGGCAGGCGGAGCAGCUCCACUCCACUUGUCAGACUCACAAGGAUAAGAUCAAAGGUCUCUUUCAGACCAAACUAGACGAGCUGGGGGUGAAAGCCCUGACUGUGGAGGACCUGCUGCAGGCCCAGAAGGAGAUCUCAGCUCACAAUCGUCAGCUGAAAGAGCAGACUAAGCAGCUGGAGAGAGACAUGGCCUUACUGAGAGACCACAGCCUGCUUCUGCUGAAGUCUCGAUGUGAGGAGCUGAAGCUGGACUGGAGCUCUUUGUGUCUGGAGAGUUUGUUGAAGGAGAAGCAGGCGCUACGCAGACAGAUCUCUGAAAAGCAGAAACACUGCUUGGAGCUGCAGAUCAGCAUAGUGGAGCUGGAGAAAACUCAAAGGCAGCAGGAGCUGCUUCAGCUCAAAUCCUACAGCUGUGAUGGCUCCCCGUACAGAAAGAACCUGGAAUCUCGCUCUUCCACAGACAUGGACUCCUCUAAGCAUGGCCUGUCCUUGGCCCCGGCUUUUAACGGCAUCAGCACGGAGAUCAACGGCACCAGCUCGCCCUGUUUCGACCGGACCAACACCAAGGGGGAACUUCUGUCUCGCUACCUGCCCAUCUCUCCAGAUCACGAGAUAGCACCCGCCAUCUCUGAUGCCCGGCAGAGGCAGCUGAGUUCCUCCUACGCUCUUCCUGAUUACACGCGCUUCUCCCCUGCCAAGAUUGCCUUGCGGAGGCACCUGAACCAGGACCCCAACGCCUCUGCUCACUUGAGAGGUCCAGGAAUGAUCAUGCACAGGGAAAUGGUGGGUGUUUAUUCACCGCUGGGAGCCAAACUGAACUGCCCUUCUCCCAAUGCGUCUGAUGUGCUGAAUAAAGGCUUUGAAAGGGGCAAGGAGAGGAGCCCAUCUGUUCAGGGUGAUAGCGGCAUUAAGAGCCUUCCAAUCAGUAUUCCUCUGAGCACGGUCCACCCGAGUAAACUACCGGUCAGCAUCCCCCUGGCCAGCGUGGUGCUGCCCAGUCGAGCUGAAAGACUGAGGAGUACUCCGAGUCCUGUAUCUCAGUCAGGUCAAACCAAUGGAUAUUCAUCGGGCUCAGGGCUGAUGAACGGCGGUCCCCAUCCUGAGGACCACAAUGGUGCUUCUUCAUCACCUCCGCAUCCCAACGCUCCCAUGGCAGGACAAAUGUGUCGAGGUGGUCCCAUCCAGAGCCCUCCACUCGGUACUGGGGGGGUGCUCCAGUAUGCAGACGGCCCCCCUCGGAUUCUUCCAGAAGAUGGACAGGAUCGCCACGGCGGUGAAUCCGACACGGAGCCGCAGGACAGCGAACUGCGGAGGAGAAUCUUCUUCUCUUCUUCCUCCUCUUCAUCCUCGUCUUCCUCUUCGUCGGGCAGCAGCGCGGCCGGAGGAUUACGCCUCCACCAUCACACUGGCAACAAGCAGGGAUACCACAGUAACCAUGGAAACCACCACCACCAUCAUCACCACCACCACCAGUCCCCCGGCACACAGCACACACACACGCCCACACACACGUCGUCGUCACACUCCUCUCACAGCCUCGGCGCUCAGGAGGGCCGUAAGAGGGGGAGACGAAAACGCAACUCUACCGCGGCGGUCACAGCCAGCUCGUCCCCCAAGAGGAGGUCCUUCCCCGGGCUCAGCUCCAACAACCACUCCUCAGGGUCGCCUCUCAACAUUAACUCCAUGGUGAACAACAUCAACCAGCCUCUGGAGAUUUCGGCCAUCUCCUCUCCAGAACAGUCGAGCCGCAGCCCCAGUGGUCCCGACAUGGACCAGCCCCCCGUCCUGAAGAGAGAGCGCCCUCUGGAGCUCAAUGGUGCCGGUCGUUACUCCUCGGCCCCCAGCUCCGAUGACGACGACUCAGGAUACCCUGCCGACAGCUCCAGUUCACGAAUUGAAAGGAAAAUUGCCACUAUUUCUUUGGAGAGCAGAGAUGGACCUGGGAGACUAGGAGACGGGGAAAGAGUCAGGAAGUCUGGUAGCAGCAGCGGAAACAGCACAGGAAGUGAGGCCUCCUCUUCGUCCUCCUUGUCCUCCAACAGCAAGUGGAAAUCCACCUUCUCGCCCAUUUCUGACCCCAAGCAACCCAACUCGGACCUGAGGCAGGGGGGCUCCCCCUUCGGCAUGGGGGGGUCGGGCAGGGGCACAGACUCAGAUUCAGACCACAAACAGCAACAUCAUCAGCAGGGGAGGAAAGGAGGUGAGGGAGAGUCGUCCAGCUACAUCAAUCCCAACCCCUUCCUCAGUCAGGAUGCCGGGCCCCGUGGUGGAGGCGGUGGUGGUGGUGGUGGAUCUCAGGGGGGAGGGGGAUCGGAGCAACGCCAGGCCCUCCAGAAACAGAAGGGUCCUCGAGACUGGGAGAUGAAGAUGAGCAGCAGCAGCAGCAUGGCCAGUCAGAACCUCUUCAUAUCUGCCGCCGCCAGCAGUGGUGGAGGCAUCCUGAGCGGGAAGGUGGGGGGCAGUCCUGUUGCUGUUUCCUCCACCACAGGAUCCUCUGUGGGCCAGUACCUGGGGUCUCAGUUCCCACUCGGAGGGGCCUCGGUGCUGCAGUCCUUGUUCGGGGCCCAGACGGGCGGAUCCACGGUGAGCGGGACUCCGAGGCUCGUCAACGGACACUCCGCCCUGGGAAGCUUCACCAGUGCUGGGCUGGCAGGUGGAGCUGCUGGAGCACUCUCUCCUCCACAGCAGCCACGCACUCUGACGCCCCGCCUUCAUCACGAUCCGACUCCUCGCGUCUGUCCCACCACCAGAGAACAUCCAACUCCUCCUCUCCCUCUGUCUCAGUCGCCGCUGCUUCCUCCCUCUCCUCUUCCUCUCUGUCAAACUCCUCCUCCUCUCGUCCAUACGCAGUGCACUACUCCCCCCGCCUGCCUCCUCCACCUCAGGCCAGCAGCUCAGGUGGAGGCGGGAGCAUGUGGAGGACUCAGGGCAUGCAUGGCACCUACACCACCUCCCAGCUCCCCGGCUCCAGACCUAGAUAGGGUUUGGGGUAAGGGGAAGGGGGGUGGGAUGGAGAGGGUAAGGGCAAAGGGCAAUCAGAGGAGGAGAGAAGGAGCGACUGAUAGGGAGUGAGAGAGAGAGACAGGAUACCUGUGUUUCUAAAGCUGCCUUACACUGUUGUUCUGACUGAACAAGGUAAUUGUUGAAAACUACCUCAAAAUGAAAUAAACUAUGCAAAUGUCCAGGUGUGGACCAAGACUCAUCAUCACUGGUGCUUCAAAACGUCUGCACUACCCAACCCGCCUCCAAAACCGGCUUCUGUACUGGGAUCUCACACACACACACUAACCACCACUAUGGUCACCUUGAGCAGAAUUCAUGUGUACUGGUCGUGUUUAAGUGUUCAAAUGUCUGGUUUUAAUUCAAGGUGCUUCAUUGUUUGACAGUGUCAGCUUUGUCUUUGUCAUUUAUCAUAGCAACUAGCAAAAUAAUCUGUUUUAAUCCAGCUUUCUGAUCUGAAACUGAUCUGGUCUGUUCCCUCCAAAGUGUCACUUUCUCUGACACACACACACACGGACACAGGACACACACACAGACCAGUUGAUUGAACUCUGCUCAGCUGUCAUGCAGUAUUUCUGCAUGCAUGCACGCUCUCUUGUCUCUGUUUUCUUCCUUUGUGGCAUACACAAACAUAUUUGAGAAUGAAUUUAAGAUGAGGAACUUAGUAUUUUGGUCUCGCUUCACACUGGAUAGUAAGAUAAAGUUACUCAUGUAGCAUAAGAUGUGCUAGUCCAGCCUGGUUUGUUGACACCCCUUAAACUCUGCUAAUGUUCACGAUUUACCACAUUUGUAUGUUUUCAAUAAGGUUACUUACUGUUAAGUCUGUGUUUUUAAAAGCAAAGAGGUACACACAUCCUAAAUUGCUGGUCUGGCUUUGUUUUGGAAACACAAAACUAAUAUCCUCUUUGUUAUUAACUUGAGCAAAUCCAGUUAAGUUCAUAUUAAGUCAUGAAAUAAUUCUCAGGUGUGAUUCUCUUCAGUAUGAAAUAUUUAACAAAUCAGUGAACGUUUGUUUUUAAUUGAAGUGUUUACUGUUGUGUCAGUAAUCAGGCAUAUUAAGCUAGAUGAAUAUGGAAGAACACCCAUUCAGGUUAUUAAAUCUGAAGAAACAAUGUUCUGAUUUCAGACUCGUUUUGGAAAAUAUUGUGAAUUGGCAACUUUUUAUUGGGUGGAAAUAAUUCUGAGCUGAGUGCAUUAUUCUUUUUUUUUAAAGACCCCAUGAUAUUCGAUUGAUGAAAUGGUGCUAUUUCGACACAUUUAGCCACUUUCUGUAUUUAUUAACAUUUAUUCUCCUUAGUCAAUUUGGUAAGUCACACUACUUUUGAGGGAACCCAGCCUAAAACAGCAGCAACGUUUGAACUCUUCUUAAGCUAAUCCUAUUCAUAUUUAUCUCUGCUGUUGGGAAACGCAGGUUUAAGCGAUUGUUCGGGGCAUAAAAUGUGGACACAUGUUUGUUUAACUAUACUGCAUAUCGUUGAUGCAAACACACGUACACACACAUGCAUGCAAAUCCUCACACACUGAGAAAACCAUAACCACGACAAACUACUGGACUCUCUUCACACCUUUUUGUUUGCUUUAUUAUUGUGUAAUUAGUUUUUUUGUAUAAAGAGAUUUGUACUGUGAAUGUGAUUCAUUCUCCGACUGUAUAGUUGUGUAUAAUUUAGAUUAUUAUAUUUAUGCUGUCGGCCUCUCCAUUUGCCUUGGUAUUUGUUUUCUCUUCUUCAUUUUUUUGUUUUUUAAUCCUGAAAUGUGUUGGCAUUGUAGAAUGCAAUAGUGUGUGUGCGCUUGGCUCACAGUCUGAAAACAAUGGUGCUACAUUUGGACUGAUUUUAUUUAUUCUAUGGUGAAAACAUCAAAAACAAAUUGAAUACUUGGUGCUGUACACAGGGACAUUUUUAAGCCUUUUUCUGGCACUUUCUUUCUCAUAUUUAAUAUGUAAGGUUCUUGGAAUACAUAAUGUAUAACUGUAGACCCCAUUUGAUGGAAUGACUCUGCAGCAGCCGCUCAGAGUGAACCGGUAUCAGGACGUUCCUCACGCCACCGUUUCAGACAUAAGUCAGUCUCAGAGCGAGCUGCUUAUCUGUUAGUGGAAAUACUCACCGUUUCUGUGCAUAACUUUGUUUUUCCUUGUCAUAAACAGAAAGGUAUAUCAAAUGUAUAUCUAUAUACACAGUCUAAAUAUAUAAGUAUGUAUAUAUAUAUAUAUAUAUAUAUAUAUGAGUGAAAAGGGGUGUUUUGGCCUUGUGACCUUAAACUCAGCCUGUCAAACAGGAGGCUUAAGCCAAUGAGAGAGGAGCUUUGUCAUCACAGGACCUUGUGAUAGAAGUAGAAAAUUAAAAGCUGUGUGAAUUUAACGCAGACAAACAAAGGUGCUGUGGCUUGAACACGACUAGAUUCUAGCACUAGAGCUGUCUUCACUUAUGAGAUGUUUUCACCUCUUUUUUUGUUUGUUUGUUUGUUUACCAACAACACAGAUUCUGCAGGAAAAAAACGGUGCUUCUGUUUCAAAAACAAUGACAAUUCUGUUCUGAAAAAGUCAUAGGUGCAUACAAAUCUACAUGUUCGCGUCUUACAAACACGGUGCGUCUUUAGAUAUCUCACAUCCCAAGGCCCUCCCUUGUGAUGGGAGCAUAUUGGGCAAAGCAAAGAUGUACAACUCUGGUGUUCGGAUGUGUGUGUAACACUUUGUUGGGAGUGAGGGGAUCCAAGCUUCCCUUUUCUGUGAUCGUGGGAAAACACUUAGGCAAAGUUUGUGUGUGUUUUUUUCCCACUCUCUGGUGCAUAUCUAAGGGAAGAUUAGAGUAAUAAUCAAAGCUUUAUUGUCCUCCUGUCCUGUGCUCUCAAUAAUGUGUUUCUCACCUGCGACUGUUUUAAAUAUAAAAGAAGAAAAAAUCAUUUUAGUGCAAAACGUAGAGACUAGUCCGUUAUCAGCACUGAGAGGUCUUUUGUAAUUAUUGUCGAUGCUGUUUUGGUUUUCUUAUUCUUGGUGUUUGAUACAAUUGCAGUCACUUGUUAUGCUUUGAAUGGUGUCUUCAGAUUCCUGUCAGUUUUUAAUACUACUAUUCAGACAGACAGCACGGUGCUCUCCUUCACUUAAAACAAGGAAAUUGCAGCUAUUGAUAAAUACUACUCUCCUCCUGUUGUGCUGCAGGGUUUUAGGUUUAAUAAUCUUCAACACGAGCUUACCAGUAAUGUUGGCGUGAUGUAUGUGGAAGCGAGAAUAGUUUAUGGGACAGCAAAACAAUCAUUACAGAUUUCAACCAGUUUUAUAGCUUCUUAUAUAAUCAGUCAAAGGGACGAGGUGCUGUUAUUCAAGUCCUUGGAUGUAUGAGCAUGAUUUAAAUAAAAGCCUCUACUCAGUUCUCCAGCUCGCUCCAUCCUGAUACAUUAUUAAUAAUCUGUGAGAGCUCUGCAGUGGGGGCUGUUUACUCUAAAUCCUGCCAAGGUUGUAACUCAGGAACUUCCCACAUGGCUUGAAAAUAUGUAAACAAUUUUCUUAAAAACUACUGCAUGUCAUAAACUUAUGCUCCAUCUCGUGGCAUGAUUAAGUCCUUUUUCUAAACAAACUCAGGACCGGGAAAACGCUUCAGUAAGCGAGGUGAAAUUUAAACCACCUCACACUUAUUCUCGCUGUCACAUACAUCCAGCGCCUCCGGUCGAAUCCAGCUUUAUAAAGCUUUCGAGUCCAGAAGCUGUGAAAUGGCUUUGAGCAUCUUCCUCAUCUCACAAAAUGCCUCUGUCUAAAUUUGCGUCUCAAAGACAAAGAGGUUGACGGUCCUUUGUUUGGGACUCUUCCCAUUGUUUGGUGGGCGGACAUGUGACCUGCAGGAUGUGUACAGCGAUGUCUGAUGGGUGAGGCCAGGGCAGGUUUGAGGUGCAAUAACGGCAAACCUACUUCCCAAAAGGCCCUGCAUUUUCACGAGUUGUUACUGUUCGAUGUUGGUGCUUUUAUCCUAAGAUGUUAUUAUAAUGAAACAAAUGGAAUUCAUGUUUUUUUUUCUCCCCUGCGUUUUAUGAUUAUUAAUAAAAAUGUUUCUUAUAAUAUUUGAA